AUGGAAAAGUUAGGCCAACUUUAUGAAUUAAACUAUGAAUUUGACAAAGCUAUUCACAUGUAUCACAAAGCAAUUGAUCGAUGUUCACAAGAACUUCAACCAAAUUUAUUUUCACUUAUUUGUUUACAUCGUCAUAUUGUUCGAAUUUAUUUGAGAGUCUUCAAAGACUAUUCACAAGCAAUUGAAAAUCAACUGAAGAUACGUGAAUUAUACGUUAAAAAAUAUCCACUAGAACCAGAAAAAAAGGAUCCAUCUGAAAUUAAACAUAAUAUUAUAGAACAUAUUGACAGUUUUGUUGAAUUGGCUGAUGUAUAUCUUGAAUCGAAGGAUUAUAAAUUGACUAGACAAACUCUUCAUGAUGCAUUAAUUCUUUGUGGAAAUGAAGGACCAAAAUCAAAAUAUAUACGCGAUAAACUUAAAACAAUAUCUUUACAUUAA